AUGAUUGAAAUUGUAUCGGAUGGAAACCAAACCGAUAUUAUUAAUAAUAACGGGUGCAACGACCAACCUGUGAUUAGUAGAUCAGUGAUUCCAACUCCACCACCACUUCCACCGGUUUCCAAAGUAAAUUUUACAUUUAAAUGCAAUGGUAAAAGAAAUACCAAGAAUGAAUCAUUAGCAUCAACAACAACUACAACAACAACAACAACAACAACAUUGACAUCAACUCCAGAGAAUAGAAAAAAUAGUUUUGAUAGUUUUCUGAGUGGUCUUCAUCUUGGUUGUAUUUUAAAAGAGAGAGAUUUAUUGAAUAAUUUUCCAAUGGAUUCCGAUAUUUUCUGGUCCGAUGAUUUCCUUGAUAACAGAGAUUCCAACUAUCAGCAUAUAAAGCAACAAACUACCAUUACAACUACAACAUCAUCGAUAUCGACUUCCACCAUUGGCAUAGAGUUGUCCGAUACCAGUGCGACAAAUACUAGUUGUUGCAGUAGUAGCAGUAGUGUUAAUAGUAGUCCAGCGGUGGAAGACGAUACCUCCUACCAAGCCAAAGGUGGAGAGUGUCCAAUUUGUUUGGACACCUACGAUGUCAUGGUUGAAUUUCCCGUCUGUAAUCAUACCUAUUGUUUAUCUUGUACAGAGUCUCAUCUUCGUGAGCAAGUUUGGAGGUUCAAAGGAAAGAAGCUUUCCUGUCCCGAUCCAAAAUGUAACCAUUCUCUUUUAAGUGAUGAAAAGUUUAAUUCAAAGUUUUUAGAUAAAGUAUCACACGAUAAAUUGGAAUUAUAUAAAGUUAUCAAUAACAAGCUGUUUGGUGAUAAGAAUAUUAUAUUCUGUCUGAGUUGUUUUCAUCCAUUAAGCAAACCGAGUGGGACAGAUAUGACUAUUAUCUGUGACAAUUCCGAGUGUAAAUUAGAGUUGUGUUAUGAAUGCGCCACAGAAUCACAUCAUGGAAUGACAUGCGAAGAGAACAAGAAAUAUAUAUUCGAUACACUAUCGGAAGACGAAAAGAAAUCACUGAAAUAUUUAGAAGCGGAGCAGUACAAAGCCUGUCCAAAAUGCGGAAUAACCACCUACAAAGAAGAUGGUUGUGAAUAUGUAUAUUGUUUAGCAUGUGGUCAUCAAUUUUGUUAUUUUUGUUUGGAACCUCAUGAUCAUAAUUUAUCGACACAUGUACACGGUCCGAAAUAUGUUGCACCGAAAUACGAUAACUAUUACAACUAUGCAUAUCAUCAAAGGCGUGGAUUCUUCCAGCGACACUACAAGAUCAAGCAUGCAGCCACCUGUUUUGCACUGGGUGUUGGUGCGGUCAUCGUGGGUCCACCGGUGAUCGUGGUUGGAGCGAUUCCCUAUGCAACCUAUCGAUUGGCAACUCACAUCCGAAAGGUAAUGAAACAGAGAAAGCUCACACAAAAGAAGUGUAAUUUCGACAAUUGGGUACUCGAAGAAAAGAAGAGAAGAGAAGCGUUGGGUCUCGAAGUUUCUGAUUACAUCAAUGAAAACUAUAACAAAUUAAAUGUAAAAUCAACAUAG